AUGUCUGUCCCCUCUCAGGUCAGACAGUGUGUCUCUGUCUGUCCCCUCUCAGGUCAGACGGUGUGUCUCUGGGGUCCACAGCGUCCCUGCUACAAGAUUGCGUAUUUCCACGACGUGUCGAGCCGUGUGGCGUUUAGCGAGGCGCGUCAGGCGUGCGAGAUGGACGGAGGGUCGCUACUGAGCAUCGAGAGUGCAGCCGAGCAGAACGACAUCGAGAACCUGCUGCAGGAGCUGCGCUCAGGAGCAGUGGGCGGAGCAGCAGGACCAGCAGGAGGAGCAGGAGGAGGAGGAGCAGCAGGAGGAGGAGGUAUAGCAGAUGGGGAUUUCUGGAUUGGACUGACUCGGGUGGAUGGAGUCGAUCAGAUUCACCCUGAACUCAGCAACACCUUCACUUCCUGUUCGCAGCUCUACCACUGGACCGACGGCAGCCUCGCCUCCUUCAGGAACUGGUAUUUUGACGAGCCGUCGUGUGGCGGCGAGGCCUGCGUGGUGAUGUACCAUCAACCCACCGCCUUCCCUGGUCUGGGCGGAGCUUAUCUCUACCAAUGGAACGACGACCGCUGCAACAUGAAACACAACUUCAUCUGCAAAUAUGAACCAGAGAGUCAUCUUGGGAAGGGUGAAACACCUGCAGGGCGGGGCACAGAGGCGACGGCGGAUGGAGGCGUGGUCAGACAGCCUGCGGGCAGUGAGGAGGUCCCCCCUCAGGUGACCAUGGCUGGAGCUUCAGGCAUGUUGCUGGUGUACGUCAUCAUACCCACAAUCCCCCUGCUGCUGCUCAUCCUGGUGGCUUCUGGGACAUGUUGUUUUCAAUUGCUCAGCAGAAGGUACGACUGAACUACAGAAACUACAAAUCCCAGCAGCCUUUUGUUUAUUUAUUUCAAUGCUUAUUUAAAAGGGACACAGCAUUUUAACAUGAACAUUAGCAUAAAAUGUAAAUGCACUGAUCAUGUACAUCCGUAGUCCCUCGGCAGCAAACAGAGAAUACAAAUAAAUAAACAAUAAUAAUAAUUAAAUACAUAAAUAAAAGAAAAACAAU